CGCGCCACCACGCAGCUUUGCGAGCAUUGUCCGACAUUUUGAGCUCUCUGUGCUCGGGCUGUUGCGCAAAAUGUGGUGCACCCGUUGGUAUCUCCCACUCGUACUGCUCCCAUUUCCCAUUGCACCGCCCUACUUCCUGUUGCUCUUCCUUCUCUCGACGACGAUGCAUGCCCGACCAUGUUUUUACUGCAUCGUUCUGCUCUCGGCGAUGUUCGUGUCGUCAUGCUACUGGCCCCCGGUGCCCCUCGAGACCGCCCUGACGAUGCCCUGGUCGGAAAACAUCACGACAUAUGGUGAUGCGCUGUUGUCGUUGCUGCCUGAUCUGCCGGAAGACAUGAUGCCGACAGACGUGCCGAUGCUGGACCGUUGCUGGUGCGAUCUCUCGAGCACCAAGCUCUUCGAGCCGUUCAACGUCACGCAGUGGGAGCUGAACAGUGUCGAGAAGUUGAAGGACGAGCUCGAGCACGAACUUAACGCGCGGAGACAGAUGGAGCUCGCCGCGCAAGCUGCAGAGGCAAAGCGAGAGGAGCCUCCAGAAGAAAACGAGCACGAGUCGACACCCGACGCGGAGGCCGCAGAACUCGUUCGCCACGCUCAAGAGGCCACCGAGAAGCGUCAGGGAUCGAUGCUGUCGCACGUCUGGAAUGCCGUCACCGGCUGGUCCAUCUCUCGCAAAGCGAACACGAGUACGGACACGACACCUCCCACGUCGCCACAUUUGUCAAUCGAACCUGUGCCUACGAUCGAACUCCCAUCACAUCAACCGACUCUCCACUCCGGAUCGAGACCACCCGUUGAUCCCGGCUCGAAGAACUCGACAUCAGUUCCGACGAGCGGAGAAGAACGUUCGCGCCCAGAAACACCAAAACUACCGUUGCUUCGGCGGGAGUACGACCUGCGGCCGUAUGGCUUCGCACUCAUAAUUGACUUCGGAUGGUCAACAUCGCAUUCAUGAUACCUCGAUCCCGGUCUUUCCAGUUGCUGUUGGGAUACACAUUCAUAUUGCUGUCGAUGCUGUCCUUUGUAUUUCUAGCAGUACCCUAUAUCGCUUUGUGCGUAACUCAUAUCCAUCAGGUUAUUAGUAGAAUCAGAAGUCAACGAUCCGCG